UCCGGGUUGGCAUCGGGUAUUUCCGGGUGUACUACAACACGAUGGAAACCAACUGCACAUAACACGUUUGAAAUUACAGCACGUACUGAAAUUUUGAAUGCGGUAUUUCGUAAGGGUUUAUUGAAUGGUCAAAAAUCGACGUUUUAAGUUAGUUUAUUUGAGAUCUAAUUACCAUUCAGGCUCUUUUGCAUCCAGUUGCCUGGGUUACAAAAUAUGGCGGCGCAGAGUUGGGUAGACCUUUUAAAAUCUUCGAGAAAAACUGUUCUAGUUCACGAUGGUUAGGAAGCGCAAAGUGCACUACCUGUUUUCGGAUGGGAAAGAAAUGGCAGAAGAGUAUGAUAUGAAAACGGAUGAACUUGCUGUACGAAAGUGGCGCACGAAGAGUAAACUGGGAGCUCAGGGGCCAUGGGAGAUGGAAGUUGGUGAAUCCUUCCUCUCCACGGAGGCUGUGCUGGAGCAUCAACUGAUAAAGGAAAAUUGUUCAAAUCCGGUGUUUAUGCGUAAAGACACCAAAACCUGUUUUCAGUGGCGAGUCCGGAACCUUCCCUACCCCAAAGAGGUCUACAGUCUUUCGGUUGAUCCAGAGGAACGCAGCUGCAUCAUUCGGACAACAAACAAAAAAUAUUAUAAAAAGUUCGGCAUUCCAGACCUGGACAGGUGCCAGCUGCCACUGGAGAGCUCUGCCCUCACCUUCACUCAUGCCAACAACACUUUAAUUAUUAGCUAUAAGAAGCCCAAGGAGAUUCUGACUCUAGAAGAAGAUCUGCUAAAAAAUCUGAAGAAGAUGAAGAGUGUCAAUGAUGGAGAUGCGGACUGCAAAACCCAGUGAGCUGCUGUGGAAUAUGAAUGUGAAUAUGACAUGUUUUGGACUUCCUCAAAUAAAACAGCAUGGCUGUUAGGCAAUGGUCUCACUUCAAGGUGUUAAAUUCAUACCCAGGUACUAAAUUAUGUAUUCGUCACUUGUAUUUUCUCUAGAUUUCUUCUGAACAGACUUUUUUUUUUGUAAAUGAAGGCAUAUUUAUGUGUAAAGUGUUCAGUCAGUCUUUUGUCUUUAUUGAGUGCUGUAACAUCCAGGUUGCUGGGUUUAACAGACCAAAGUGCAAGCUGGUAACACCGUCCAAUGUCAUCUUCAAAUGUUUAAAAAAAAAAAAAAAAAAUCCAACAAAUUUAGCAACAAUGGUUACAAAAAAAUAAACGUUUUCAUUUGUCCAGA